AGAUUUGGGUUCGGGUGAUGAAUCAGAUCCAAGAAAGGCGAGUCGAAGAGAUCCAAAAAGCGGAGCGGCGGAGGGAGUUCAUCCUCAGUGACACUCUUCCCUGCGGCGGUGCAUCGUCAUUACGCCUGUGGUGAGCUCGCGGCGGCGCGUGUGGCCUCGAGUGUUGGAUAGAUCAGAUGUCCAAGGAUGUAGACAACGACGAGAAUGGAAGAAAUCUACCUGGUGCUGAAUCCAGCCCUCCUGGAGCCCUAACAUCUUUGUUCACCAGCUUGCUCCAGCAAGCUUCCGUUUAUGGCGUUGCUGCUGGUUAUUGCAUAUCUGCUUCGCUGCUUUCGAUCAUCAACAAAUGGGCAGUGAUGAAGUUUCCAUAUCCAGGAGCUCUGACUGCAUUACAGUACUUAACCAGUGCACUUGGAGUUCUAAUCUGUGGAUGGCUGAAGCUAGUCGAGCACGAUAAGCUUGAUCUUCUUACAAUGUGGCGAUUUCUACCCGCGGCGGCAAUAUUCUAUUUGUCUCUCUUCACCAACAGCGAGCUCUUGCUUCACGCCAACGUCGACACGUUUAUUGUGUUUCGUUCCGCCGUCCCCAUAUUCGUUGCAAUAGGCGAGACCCUCUUUCUGCACCAGCCAUGGCCGUCGGUGAAGACAUGGAUGUCGCUUGCAACUAUAUUUGCUGGCAGUAUUGUUUAUGUCCUAACUGAUUAUCAGUUCACCCUCACUGCUUAUAUCUGGGCUUUGGCGUACCUGGCGAGCAUGUCCAUCGAUUUUGUCUACAUCAAGCAUGUAGUGAUGACGAUUGGUCUGAACACGUGGGGGCUCGUGCUGUACAAUAAUCUCGAGGCGUUGCUGUUAUUUCCCGUCGAGUUGCUUAUAAUGGGAGAAUUGAAGAAGAUAGAGCACGAUAUUUCCGACGAGGCGGAUUGGCAUUCGAUUCAGGUGAUCUUGCCGGUGGGGUUAUCGUGCCUGUUCGGUUUGGCGAUAUCGUUUUUCGGUUUCUCCUGCCGUAGAGCGAUCUCAGCUACUGGAUUCACUGUUCUUGGCAUAGUGAACAAGCUGCUAACAGUUGUGAUAAAUCUUGUUAUUUGGGAUAAACAUUCGACUCUCGUCGGGACCGUCGGGCUUCUGAUUUGCAUGGGUGGUGGCAUCUUGUAUCAACAAUCUACCAGCAAGAAACCUGAAUCUGCUAAAGGGGAGGCUCAGGUGAGUGAUGAAGAGCAACAAAAGCUUCUUGAAUUGCAAAGUAUUGCAGAUAGUGAUCAAGAAGCAGCAAAAUCAUAGUUCAUUUGGUGGGGAAUUCCCACUGCUAAAACUGUCCUUUUUGUUCUUUCUUCAUUAAAUUCUUGUAUCUUUUGUGGGCUUUUUUUAUUUGUUUUUGGUCAAUUUGGGUGUCUUGUAGUAUUUUUUUAGCAUAUGGAAUAGCUGAAAUGAUUAGGACAAUCUUUGGUGAACGAAAA